CUCUCUUUCUGAACAUUACGAGCGCAUGUCACCAUCGAGAGGGUUCUGAUUCAAGUGCCGUAUCUGGAGGGCAAAAUGGUGCAAAAGGCAGUAGACUCGCGCAUACCAGCGCUCAUUCGCAAUGGUGUUCAAGAGAAGAAGCGCAGUUUCUUUGUGGUGGUGGGAGACCGCUCGAAGGAUGUUAUAGUGCAUCUUCAUUACAUUAUGUCCAGGAUGGACAUGAAGCAAAACAAAUCGGUGCUUUGGGCAUACAAGAAGGAUCUUCUUGGGUUUACUAGUCACCGAAAGAAGCGCGAAAACAAGAUCAAGAAAGAGGUCAAGCGAGGCAUUCGAGAAGCCAAUACCGAGGACCCAUUCGAACUUUUUGUCUCGCUGCACAAUAUUCGCUACGUAUACUACAAGGAGACGGAGAAGAUUCUUGGUAAUACGUAUGGGAUGUGUAUAUUGCAGGAUUUCGAAGCCAUAACACCCAAUCUGCUCGCGCGAACGAUCGAGACAGUCGAGGGAGGAGGACUAGUAGUUCUAUUGCUCAAGGGCAUGACCAGCUUAAAGCAACUCUAUACCCUAUCCAUGGACAUUCAUUCUCGAUAUCGAACAGAAGCACAUGACGAUGUUACGGCGAGAUUCAAUGAGAGGUUCAUCUUGUCUUUGGGAGGUUGUGAGUCCUGUCUAGUCAUAGACGAUGAACUGAAUGUGCUGCCCAUCUCUGGUGGGAAGAAUGUGGCAGCUCUGCCACCUCCUGACUUGGACGAACCGAAGACCGAGGCUCAGAAAGAAUUGGACAACAUGAAGGAAGAGUUGCAAGAUACUCAACCAGUAGGACCGCUGGUAACUUUGGCAAAAACCGUGGAUCAAGCAAAAGCUUUGCUGACAUUCGUCGAUGCGAUUGCGGAAAAGACUUUGAGAAGCACAGUAACUCUGACAGCGGCCAGAGGCCGAGGAAAGUCAGCCGCGCUGGGAGUUGCUGUGGCUGCAGCAGUUGCCCAUGGCUAUAGUAACAUUUUCAUCACGUCUCCCAGCCCUGAAAAUUUGAAGACUCUAUUUGAAUUCAUAUUUAAGGGCUUCGAUGCGCUCAACUAUUUGGACCACGAAGACUAUUCUAUCAUUCAGUCUACGAAUCCAGAGCUCAAGAAAGCCAUUGUUCGGGUCAACAUACAUCGCCAACAUCGGCAAACCAUCCAGUAUAUUAGGCCUCAAGAUGCCCAUGUCCUCGGACAAGCUGAACUGCUAGUCAUCGAUGAGGCUGCAGCAAUUCCACUACCUUUGGUCCGGAAAUUAAUGGGCCCGUACCUUGUCUUCAUGGCUUCCACCAUCAAUGGAUAUGAAGGCACCGGAAGAUCUUUGUCUUUGAAGCUCAUAAAACAGCUUCGGGAACAAUCAGCAGGAUUCUCGAAAAACAAUACAGACUCUGAAUUAGCAGACCGCUCCACUGGGAAAACCGCUAAGGUCCAAGACAAUAGCUUCUCCGGUGGCCGCUCGCUACGAGAAGUAACACUUUCAGAACCCAUCCGGUAUACGAAGGGUGAUGCAGUUGAAAAGUGGCUCAACACAGUACUGUGUCUUGACGCUACUCUACCACGGUCAAAAUUGAACACUGUCCAAGGUUGUCCGGAUCCUGGACAAUGCCAACUUCUCAACGUAAAUCGUGACACCCUCUUCUCAUUCCAUCCUCUUUCCGAAAAGUUCUUGCAGCAAAUGGUUGCCCUGUACGUCGCAAGUCAUUACAAGAAUACCCCGGAUGAUCUUCAAUUGAUGAGCGAUGCUCCCGCUCAUGAGCUUUUCGUCCUUGUACCACCAGUUGAGGAGAACACGAAGCAUCUGCCAGAACCUUUAUGUGUCAUUCAAGUGGCACUAGAAGGUCGCAUCAGCAAAGAGAGUGUCAUGAACAGUCUGAGUAGAGGUAAAAGAGCGGCAGGUGAUCUAAUUCCCUGGAUCGUCAGUCAACAGUUCCAAGAUGAGCAGUUUGCUGGUCUAUCCGGCGCUCGCAUUGUGAGGAUAGCGACAAACCCAGACUAUAUUGGAAUGGGAUAUGGGCGGAAGGCAAUCGAACUUCUUAUGGAUUUCUAUGAAGGUAAAUUUGCGGACCUUUCCGAAAAUGCAACUGGGAUCACCGAGACAAAGAUCACGAGAGUCACUAAUGCAGAGCUUGCGAAUGCAUCUCUGCUCGACGAUGACAUCAAGAUUCGGGAUAUUCGAAAACUGCCCCCUCUUUUUGCGAAAUUGUCUGAACGGCGUCCAGACAGUCUGGAUUAUGUGGGUGUUAGCUACGGACUCACUAAGCCAUUGCAUAGAUUCUGGCAGAAGGCUUCGUUUGCUCCCGUCUAUCUCAGACAAACUCAGAACGAACUUACUGGCGAGCAUACAUGUGUUAUGAUUCGACCUAUAGGCGAUGAUGCCGCUUGGCUCGGAGAGUUCUCCCGCGAUUUCCAUCUCCGAUUCCUCAACCUCUUGAAAUACCAAUUCAAGGAUUUCCCUUCCGUCCUUGCACUGAGCAUCGGCGAAUCUGCCAACAAAGGCACACAACUCGACUCCUUAAAUGAGCCUCCACCUUUCUCCAAAGACGAACUAGAUAGACUCAUGUCUCCUUACGACUUAAAGCGGCUAGAAUCAUAUGCAAAUAAUAUGUUAGACUACCACGUAAUCCUCGACCUUGUUCCUCGAAUUUCAAUGGCCUACUUCACCGGCCCCAUCAAAUACUCCGUUAAGCUCACUGGUGUUCAAGAAGCGAUCUUGCUUGCCAUUGGUUUGCAGUGCAAAGAAUUCUCUUCUAUCGAACAAGAACAGGAACUGAGUUCUGUACAAGCUUCACAGUUGCUGGCCAUGUUCAUCAAGAUCAUGAGAAAGAUGAGCUCGUAUUUCGGAUCACUGGUUUCGAGUGCUCAUGAGGCCGAUAUGCCGGCAAGAGACACUAUUGGAGUAAGUCGAGCUGAUGCGAGUGGUGCUCACGAUGAUGAGAUCAUCGACGAGCGGUUUGUAGCGUUAGAGACUGGGCUUGAAGAGGAGUUGGAGGAGGGAGGUGACGAAGCUUUGAAAGCUCUGAGAGAAAAGCAAAGAGAACUUAUUGAUGCUCUACCAUUGGAUCAGUACGAGAUCGAAGAAGGAGCGCCUGGAUGGGCCGAUGCCGAAAAGCAAGUUCUCCAUGCCUCGAAAAGCGGUCACAAGAACCCUGUUGUGAGUGUCAAGAGCACGAAGCAAAAGAGGAAGGCGGGUGAAACUGCUGCAGAGAUAUAUGAGCAAGAGUUCGGUGACAAGGCGCAUAAGAAGGCAAAAAAGGCUUCGAAAAAAGUUAAGGCGUAAAUGCAUUUGGGCCUCUGUAGAUAGUGAAUGCUAUGAGAAGCCCCUAAUUGGGAUUGACAC